ACACAAUGUCCACGUGUCAGGCCAUGCACACGGCUAUCGACGACACCGACGACGUAGAUGACGCCAUCGGGGCGAGCCGCGGACAAAAUACGACGGGCUACAGGUCCGGGGUCAGCAUUCUGAAGUUCUGAGUAAUGUGAGGGGCAGGGAAGGACAAAAGUGAGACAACAAGAGGGGGAGAGGGAAGGGCAACAAUCCCACCUGGUAAGGAGCCGUGGAAGGGGUCCAGCCGUCCCACUCAGGCUCAGGAUAGUUGUAGGGGUUGUCGCGAUACAGCUUCUGGUCAUGCAACACACAAGGAGGAAUACAGCCCGACUGCCCGAUCGGAGGGUAGUUGAUGUUGUUUGCGGCUUACCCCCUUGUUGCAGUAGCACCAGAGGGCGUUCCAUGCCUCGUUCCAGUACCACGUGCCCAAGCAGCUGCCGACCGCUACAAACAGCCAGAAACGGGGAGUGUCCUUCAAAAACAGCUCAUAGAGCCUGCGCAAACAGACACGGCAACCAGCAGCAUGCCAAGGGUGUCUGAGAUGUUGCUUUCCUUUGCCCCACACCUACUGCAGCUUGUUGAAGGCUCUGAAGAACCAGUCCAUGCUGUCCUUGCCGACACGUGAGCUGUUCAGAGCCGCUUUGGCCCAGUGAGGGUCAGACUGGCGGUAGACGGAGCCGAAGUGCCCCAGUGUUUCGCCGUAGAAUUUCUCCAGUGGCCCGCCCAGCAGAGUAUGGUACAUACUCGCCAGGCUCGACCACCCGGUGAGGGUUGCCGGUCUCGGCACUCGAUGGAAACGCGAAAGGCGCAUUUUCCCUCGCCCUUCAAUGGUUUUACGAG